GAAAAACAAACUAGGGAAUGCUGAAGUGGUUUCUUUUUUCAUGUCGUGUUAAUAAAAAGAGUUUGCAUGCUGGACUUACAACUGUUGUUCCGAUUACUACGCAGAUUUACGAUGAUCAACAUCUCUUCAAUCGUAAUUGCACAACAUUUCUGCACUUUUAAGCAUUAACUUCUUUCUCAUAAAAAAUACCAAAAAUAAAAUGGACGAGAACAACCAUCCGUCGUCGUCCUCUGCGUCGUCACGCAGAGAUCGACCAGCGGACGACGGCAACCCCUAUGGUUUGGGUGUUCCCCGGAGAGCGAGUGGCGAGCCAGAUCUCAAACGCUCGCGGGUCGAGGGCGUCGCUGCCGCUGCGGUUGAUCAUUGUAGAGGACUGGCCGCUGAGGCUUUUCGAAGGGGGAAGACCCCUGACGAGGUGAUCAAGCAGCUAUCGCGGAUGUAUGCCAGUGAUCGACUGGGAAAUCUGACAACCACCGAGUUUCGGCAAGUGCUCGACGAAGUGGCCCAGCACGAGCAUAUCAGCAACCAGCAGACUGCAGGGGCGACAUCUCCGGCCACAAUCUUCGAUGACACCGCAGGAGUGCCUGCCCCACUGGGAUUCGUGUCUGUUUCCGACGAACCUAUGCCAAACGCAGUCGACAGUCAGAGCCCGCUUGGCCUUCAUGAUGGAAGCGCGAGCGCCGGCGCGAUGCUCCAACUUAAGGCGCGACAUUUGAUAAGUUACUUAGUCGCUCCACCACACUCAUUCGCUCCGUCAAAGCAAUCGUGUUAUUCUUUUUGCCCUGGCUCCUCGAGCAGGUGUUGCCUGCACGAAGGGCGCCAGAGUACCUACUAUUUUUCCAGUGUGAUUCAAAGAGCCAUAAGGGUACUGCUUCCAGCGGAGUACUACUGUACUACCAGAGUUGAUAGUAUGUUAUUGUAUGAUCAAGCGCUAAUCAGCAGGGAGCGGAAUCGCAACAAUCCUCCAUGUCGCAGGGAUCGGCAAGCCAGCCGUCGGCCGUUUCUUCCGUUCCCCUCAGCAUCUCCGAUUACGACGAGGUGCCUGACCUUCCGAGGUUCUACGAGAACAGCGAAAACGAGGCGGAGAAGAUGAAAGUCCUUAGAGCAGGCGGGGAGCUGAUUCAGCAUCUUGCCGGGCGGGCGAAGAAAAGCGGGGUGUGGUAUACUUUUCUUCACAACUAUACGAGGACCAAGAAUAACGAAACGGGCGACAGAGAAUGCAAAUACAAGGUUAUGGCCUACUCUCUUACGCAGCAUCAAACGCAUUUCGGCCGUCCACUUAGACACUAAAUUCUGCUGUCAAUUUUAUUUCGUCGUCUUCUUUUCCCUUUGAUUCAGACAGAAGUUGCAUGUUCGUGGCGACACAGCAUGGCCAUGCGUCGCAUCGUAAGCUUGCGUCGGAUUAAAAAGGUUAUCUCCUACGCUCGCUGACGAUUCCGAGGAUAGCUGUUGAUUUUUUAGUGGGUCACCGAGGAGGCCGACGGAAUCUGAUCUCUCACCUUUCUGGGGCUUCUAAUGAUAACUGGCGAACGACGAUGCCCGCAGUGCUUGCCGGUGUCGCUGAGAGCGCACCUUCCGAAGAUGACGACGGAAAGGAGCGCACACACUUUCUCUACGAGGCAGAUUUCUACGGGCUGCUUCAGCUAUUGCAUAACGCUUGCAAGCAUGUGGACGACACUGAAAAACGGACUGGCGGCGUUGUGGCAUAUGUCCACGAGAAUGCGCGCAACUGGCUACGGGACUACGCGCGUGCGGCAAAACCAGCUUGGCGAGAAACAGAAGAGGACAAAGUCAUCCGCUCCCCGAAUUUGAUCUUUUGGGUUGUUAUGAAUAUGAACAUUUCAGAGAAAAGACACACCUUCCCUUGUAAGUAAAAUAAUCCAUUGUUUGGCAUCCGCACUUUCUGUCAGAAGUAGGUCAGCCGUAUCCCGUAUGGAUUGUUUUCUAAAAUUCUUCGGGGUAGCCCUUGUGUCGGAUUAGAAGUAUGCAAGCAUGUCGAGCAGAAGUUUGGUUUUUUAUGUAGGUGGACAUUGGCCAUAGGCAGAGCUGUAAUGGAAGUAGCACGGCUAGGAGUUGUAGUCUAGUACUGCUCCGCUCUCCCUUUCAUUCGGUUCCGCGAGAUGCCUGACGUUUUACGUGAUGCGCACGCAAUAAGAAAGCGCUGUAGCGAGAUUUCAGCGAGGGAGAGAGCUCUCCAGUGUGGCUCUGUGAGCAAGGAGCGGCAGCUUUACGGGCGUCUGCGGGUUAUGUCGUUCGCACAUGGAGACCAGGCCUUCGCAUUCGGGGGGAGUGCACUACACAAAGCAGUGGAGGGCGGUGCCGUCGAGGAUGUGCGGAAACACGUGCAGCACGGUUAUGGCUUCCCCUCUUGAAGCGGUUCGUUCGUUAGUGUUUCGGUAGUGGGCAUAUAGCUUGGCUGUCUGCUUUUGCGGAUAGUGUACUUUCGGAAUUCAACUACAUCACAUUGCAGCUCGGGCUUCGGCUCUUUUCGUUUAGAAUCCCUGAUGGAAGUUGCGCUUGCGCUCUGAGUGUCUGUUGUGUGGUGCCUCUCUAAGACGCAAUCGAUUUGGAGUGGAGGAAUACUUGGGGUGAAACCGCGCUGGAGUGUGCCGAAUACUAUGCGGGUAGGCUCUGGGAAUCAACUGAAGAGACGGAAAAAGGACGAGCUUGGGCCAGUGCUACGCGGAAAAUCGUGAAGGUUCUGAGGGACGCAAGCAGAACGCUUGAGGCGGCUCCCUCUUAAGGUUCGCCGCUCUUUGGGUAGCGUUAUGCCAUCAUCUGCGACAUCUGCGCGUCUCCUGACAUUUUGGUACCACGAGAGUGAUUUCUACCUGGACGGUGCUCCGUCUAUUAGUGGAGUCCUCCGUCUAUUAGUAGAGUGAUCGCCACCCUAUCGAGUAUCUAUCGAUCUACUUCUCUCGUCCGAUGAAGUACCUUAUACACAAGAUUUCUGGCUUAUUUUUUGGGUUUACGCUCUAGAACGACUGAGAAGCGAUAAGAAGAAGACACCUCAAAGUAGUGGAAUUUUUCUCCUGCUGCGUCGUCUUCUUUUCCUUUCCAUUCGGUACAUCUUCGGUCCAAAAAACAACUAGCAACAGCAAGUAGAGAGAACGACAUCCUCCAUCUUCUUCGAGUACAAGCACAAACAUGUAGCUCCAACUGGUUGAAAAGUUGUGCGCGAAUAACAAGCUGCACUUGACUAGCUGUGCAAUUUGUACUAUUCCUCAAUAUAAAGAUGCGAAGCCCAUCGUCAAUUUGGUAGUUAUGCUUAUGUGUCCACGACCCAGUUAAGUCAGUUCUUGAAGAUACAAUAUCUCAGUCUAUCUUUGGUCCCAAUUCCACUGUACGCGUUCAUCACUGUCCGAAUCAAUACUUGCUUUGUACCUCCUUCUCUCAGUUCUUGACUGCGUAUCUAAUAUCAUUUUUACAUGCAAUUACAGAGGUAAAAUCGCUCGAUCCUUUUCCAGACACAAGCAAAAAACAACGCAUAGAAGUGAGUCAAAUGAUCUUGACGCGAUUCCUACUAAAUUCUGGCUUCAGUAUCACCCCGCGGACUAUUGCAGUACCACUUUUUGACUCUAAGCAAGCCAAGCUUCAUUCCCUCCAAUUGAUUUCCGACGUCAAACGAAGUCAAAUAGAUAUUAUCUGAGAAAUUCCUUUUCCAAGAAUUCGCUUCACCA